GAGCCGGUAUUUGCGGCGGACGGAGCGCGGAGCCCGGACCCCUCCCCCAUGGCGGCCAGGCGGCUGCGCGCGGUGCUGCGGCUGGGGGCGCGCCAGGGGCUGUGGCCGGGCGCGCCCCCGCCUGGCAGUUGCAGGGCCGUGUCUGUCUGUGGGAUUCUGCUGAGCCGGGUGCCUUGGGCAAUAAACAGCCUGGACUGGGGCCCCUGCAGCCCGCACAGCCGGACGUUCAUCAACCUCACGGGGCCUUUCACCAACAAAAGGAAGGAGUAUUCGGAGAGGAGGAUUAUAGGGUACUCCAUGCAGGAAAUGUACGAGGUGGUGUCCAACGUGGAUGACUACAAGCACUUUGUCCCCUGGUGCAAGAAGUCGGUGGUGGUCUCCAAGCGCACGGGCCAUGUGAAGGCUCAGCUGGAAGUGGGCUUCCCGCCCGUGCUGGAGAAAUACACCUCCAUCGUCACCUUGGUGCGCCCGCACCUGGUCAAGGCCAUCUGCACUGACGGGAGGCUCUUCAACCACCUGGAGACCAGCUGGCGCUUCAGCCCGGGCAUCCCAGGCUACCCCCGCACCUGCACAGUGGAUUUCUCGAUCUCCUUCGAGUUCCGCUCCCUGCUGCACUCGCAGCUCGCCACGGUCUUCUUCGACGAGGUGGUCAAGCAGAUGGUGGCAGCUUUCGAGCGGCGGGCGGCCAAGAACUUCGGCCCGGAGACGCGCAUCCCCCGGGAGCUCAUGUUUCACGAAGUUCACCAAACGUGAGGGGGUCAGGGCCGCACGUGCAGACUGUGCCGGGGCGGCGGGAGGCGCUUGGACUCCCUGCCCCCGCCUUUUUAACUAUUUAUUUGAUUUCACCUCUCCUGACGGUCUCUCUAAUUUAUCUGCUGCCCCGGUGUGCCGAGAACGGGGACGUACCCGGAGCGGCUGGGUCUGGCUGCCCCGGACCAGCCCCCGCCUGCCGUCUCGCACAGACGAACCGCACCGGCCCGCCCGGCUCCAUAUUUUUGUAGCUAAUUUUAUUUUAAACUUAUUUUAUUUUGGGGGCGGGGUCUUGUUUAACAUCCCUCCAAGCAGGGAAGAGCGGUCCCUGCCCCUUCCUGAUUGCCAGCAAUUCUCGUCUUUCCCGCUGUGCUGCCCUCACGGCAGAAACCAGCGGGGCUGCGUGGGCCAGCCCCCCCCUUGGUCGGAUUGCCUUUCCCCCAGGCGGGGCUGAGGCAGUGUGCGCGUGGACUGGACGAUGGGGGUCUCAGCUCGCCUAUCUGCGGUCGGGGGCAGGGUGUGGGAAACGGAUCAGAACCUUCUCCCCGUCCCAGGGGUGCUGAGCGCAGAGAAGGGCGCCUAGCCAGCGUUACAGGGGCUGCGUGGGAGCGAGAGGGGAGUUGCGUUCGGUCUGGAAGCGAGCACCGACAGGAAGUGUCACAUUAUGCGGGGCCUGUGGAAAGGGGCGGGGGCACUGCCUGGUGGGCGCCCCUGGCAGAAGGUGGGAAUGAGCGGGCAGGGCAGGGCAUGAGGCAAGUGCCCGGAGGGCAGCAUGGGACUCGGAGGGCAGCUGCUCCACCAGCCCUGCAGGUGGGAUCUCGCUGAGCUCGCCCUGGGUGGAGGGAGCGCUCCCCGGGCCCUCGUUGGAGAGGGAGAUGGCACGGCCACAGCCAGGCCCCCACAGCACUGGCAACGGGGCUGCUGGCUCCUGGCCCCCCUCUCCCUUGGGAGAGCCCCGCGGGCAGGAGAUAAAGCCUGCCUGAGUGACCCAGGAUGGAGGUGGCCCGGAGGCUCCAUGGGGUCGGGGGGCAGAGGUGAUGCCCACUGGGGACCCGGCCCACGGGAAGCCCUGGCAAUGGAAGGCUGAUUUUCUAUGCACUGAUGCAGAGUCCCAGAUGCUGGAGCCUCCCCUCCUGCUUCUGGAGGGAACCUCCCCUCCAAAGCUCCCAGAAGCCCGGGGGGUGUCAGCAGGUGGUUCCUCUCCAGCUGGUAGUGGAAGGCUUUAGAAGGGGGGAGCAAGGAUCCAGGUCCCAGGGGCUGCAGCCCCACAGCGGAGCCCUCCUUGGCCAGCCCCCCAGCUGUGCUGUGGGCAGGGAGGGGUGAGAACACUGCUGCUCCCCCCGCCCCGCCCAGGCACACAGCAGCGCUGUCGGUGGAGCGUGGCGAAUGCUGCGGGAGAUAAGUGAACAGAGCCCCAUUGUCCUCCGCCAGCGGAGGGAGGCCCCGGAGCCUGCAGAGCGCUGGGGGUGGAUUCUGCCUAGAAAGGCCCCCGUCACCUUGAAAAGCAGCUGCAGCUUCGCUCCAAGUGUGGCCCAAGCCACAGCCAACCCGUGGGAGCUGCCUGCUAGUGGGGAGCAGAGCCUGGCUCUCCCCACACCCCAGCGCCAAGCACCCAGGCCCAGCACCUUUGCUGCAGACUCUGCGCCCCGGCCCCUCCUUCUGUGCAAAGGAGCUGGCGUUACAUACGAGACCCGCGGGCGGGGCAGAACCGCCAGCCCCAGGCCGCCUGCACUGGGUUUGCACCGCUGUACCUGCACCGAGUGGGGGAGGGAUCCCGGCUGCUGCACGCUGCCCUCGCACGAGAGGCUGGGGGCAGAGCCCGCCCAGGGCGUGCCACUGCAGAGCGUGUGCAGAGCUUCCCCCUGCGGCUCUGGGGGGAGGUGGCAACGGGAGGUUGAGCAGGCAGCGUGUGGGUCACAGCAGUGAUGGAAGGGGAGAGUUGGGCCCUGCGUCUCGUUCAGCCCCUAGUGGGGCUGGGCAACGCCCAUGGCAUGGGAGUCGUUACCACAGUAAGGGCUUGAAUGGCCUCUGGGGACCUGUCUCCAGAAGUGGGGGGUAGCCCAGGGCACUGGUAGUGCUGGGCAUCUGUUGCCAGCAGUGCAGCUUCCCCUGCUGGGGGCCACCUGCCACCCGCCACCCACGUCCGAGCGCUGGGCUGGCUGCGAACGCCAUGUCUGCUCCAGGCCUCUGGCCUGAAUCCCUGCCCUUAACCCUUCGCUUCCAGCCGGGCUCCCCCAGUCUCCAGGGCCCAGGAGAUGAGUGGGGGCUGCAGCUGGGCCCUGCCCUGUGCGGUGCCUUCCGCCUGCUCCCUUCUCAGCCUGACCCCCAGGCUGCCCUCUGCCGGCUCACUGAGAGAAACGCACAUUGGGGGGGAUCAAUCUGAUGCAGGGGUGAGGGGGGAACACCCCCCCCAGCCUCCAUCUCAGAGCUGGGACGCAGCCACCUCCUCCGUGCGCUCAUGUGGGAGUUUUGUCUCCACCCGAGAGACUCGAAAUUUCCUGCCCAGAGAAGUGGGUUUUUUAGGCCAAUAAAAAGCAUUUGGCAA